AAUUGGGAGUCGACCUGAGCUGUUGCCUGUAACUUGGUCGUCAUGAACGCGUAGUUGCUGAGAGCCCCAGUCAUUGUACCUUGUUGAAUUGUAGCCUGCACACCCCAGUAAAUGUGCCCAGUCAGUGACUGAAAGCAAUGGGAAUUCACGUGAAAGUCGAAUGGAAGUUGAAGCCUUAUAUGGAUGGCGAUUAUUAGGAAAGUUGUCAAAAGAAUAUGUCGAGAGUAGGUUUUAAAGAGAUUAUGUAACCGGUGGAAACUGUCCAAGUUCAGCAACUGUCUCAGGAAAGACUAUAAUCAUAACUGGAGCAAACACUGGAAUUGGUAAAGAAACUGCUCAAGAGCUGGCCAGAAGAGGUGGCAGAAUCAUUUUGGCAUGUCGGAAUAUGGAGAAAUGUGAAGCUGCGGCUCGAGAAAUUCGAGGAAAAACCCUGAAUCAUCAUGUAUACGCCAGGCACCUGAACCUUGCUUCACUUAAAUCGAUUAGGGAGUUUGCCAAGAGAGUAACUGAAGAAGAAGAGAACAUAAAUAUCCUGAUUAAUAAUGCCGGUGUCAUGAGAUGUCCUCACUGGCAAACAGAAGAUGGAUUUGAAAUGCAGUUUGGUGUAAAUCACCUUGGUCAUUUUCUCUUGACAAACCUACUGCUUGACAAGUUGAAGAAAUCUGGAAAGAGUCGCAUUAUAAAUGUGUCUUCACUGGCUCAUGUUGCAGGGGAAAUUGAUUUCGAAGAUCUCAACUGGGAGAAGAGAAAGUAUAACACAAAGGCAGCAUACUGUCAAAGUAAACUUGCAAAUGUUCUGUUUACAAAUGAGUUGGCUAAGCGCCUUGAUGGAACUGGAGUAACUGCCAAUGCGGUGCACCCAGGUGUAACUGAUACAGAGCUCGGCAGACACACAGGAAUGCACAAAUCCAGCUUUUCUAGCACGGCACUCGGGCCUUUAUUUUCCCUUCUUGUGAAAUCCCCCAAGCUGGGAGCACAAGCUUCUGUGUAUCUAAGUGUGGCAGAAGAAUUGGAAGGAAUAUCUGGAAAAUACUUUGAUGUCAUGAGGCAGAAGGAUCCUUCCCCACAGGCACUGGAUGCGGAGACAGCCCGACGACUGUGGGAAAGCAGUGCUAGAUUAGUGGGGCUAGAAGACAAUGAAGACACAACAGCUCAGUAAUUCCAACCUGAAUAUGAAUACCGCAGAGCACUCAACAACUCUGGAUAGCUACGCAAAGAUGAGUAUGUGAUCACGUACUGAAAGGCAAUACACACUCCCUAGCUGCUUUACUAGGAACAGUAGUGCACCUCAUAAAGUGGCCACAAGGGUGGAACCUGGUGUAGUCUCCUGCCAUCUCCAAUGGGAUCCCACCACCAAGCACAUCUCUCUUCCCGCCCCCCCCCCACAUUCCACUUUCCACUUUCCGCAGGGAUCGCUCCCCACUGAUCUCUUUCCUAGCACUUACUCUUGCAAGUGCAACAAGUGCUAUACCUGCCCCUACACCUCCUCCCUCACUACCAUUCGGGGCCCCAAACAGUCCCUCCAGGUGAAGCGACACUUCAUCUGUGAAUCUGUUGGGGUCAUAUACUGUAUCCAGUGCUCCCGGUGUUUCCUUCUGUAUAUCGGAGAGACCCAACGUAAAUUGGGAGGCCACUUCGCCGAGCACCUGUGCACCACGUGCUGGAAAAAGCGAUGAGGCCACACUCAGGUUGGAGGAGCAACACCUUGUAUUCUAUCGGGUAGCCUCCAACCUGAUGGCAUGAACGUUGAUUUCUCAAACUUCUGGUAACAUGCCCCACCCCAUUCCCAUUCCCUCUGUUACUGUACCUCCUUACCUGCCCGUCACCUCCCUCUUCUCUUCCUUCCAUGGCCUUCUACCCUCUCCUAUCAGAUUCUCCCUUCUGCAGCCCUUUAUCUUUCACUAAUUGACUUCCCUGCUCUUUACUUCACCCCUCCCCGUUCCCAGUUUCACCUCUCACCUACUACCUUGUACUUCUUCCUCCCCUCCCCCCCCACCUUCUUACUCUGACCUCAUCUCCUUUUCCCAGUCCUGAUGAAGGGUCUCAGCCUGAAACGUCGACUGUUUACUCUUUUCCACGGAUGUUCUCUGGCCUGCUCUUUCUUCUCCAGUAUUUUGUGUGUUUUACCUUGAUUUCCAGUAUCUGCAGAUUUUCUGUUGUUUGUGGUCUUUGCUGCUGUAGCUCAUCCACUUCAAGGUUCGAUGUGUUGUGUGUUCAGAGAUGCUGUUAUACACACCACUGUUGUAAGGCAUGUUUAUUUGAGUUAUUGUCCUCUUCCUGUCAUCUUGAACCAGUUUGGCCAUUCUCCCCUGACCUCUCUGGAUGUUUUUUUUUCGUUUUUUGCACCAUUCUCUAUAAUCUAGAGACAGUUGUGCAUGAAAAUCCCAGGAGAUCAGCAGUUUCUGAGAUACUCUACCCACCCUGUCUGACACCAACAAUCACUCCAUGAUCAAAGUUACUUAGAUCACAUUUCUUCUCCAUUCUGAUGUUUGGCCUGACAGCAAGUGAAUCUCUUGACCAUGUCUGGAUGCUUUAAUACAUUGAGUUGCUGCACAUGAUCGUCUGAUUAGGUAUUUACAUUAACAAGGAAGUGUACUGGUGUACCUAAUAAAGUGGCCACUGAGUGUAUGCCACACAUCAUAUGCUAGUGAAUUUUUAAUUAUGAUUGUGAUUACAAUUCAUUCCUGUAUAAAUUUCACAAUGUUUCACUGUGGAUCACUUAGUUCACCUUGUCUCCAUUUCCUAUCCAUCCGUUCAUUUAUCCACUGCAAUUUUCCACUGAGUUAUACAAUUCCUUUUAAGAAUUACAGCACAGAAAUCAGUCCUUUUGCCCAACUCAUCCAUGCACACUAAGAUGUCCACCUAGGCUAUCCCAUUGGCCUGCAUGUAUCCCUCUAAGUUAGAAUGAAAUAGUAAUGAAACAUUAUUCCAAUAUAUUGGUGGGCUUAAGCAUUCUUCUGAACAACCAAACCUAUCAGUGUAGCUAUAACCACAGUUCCUUCAACUUCCUUAUGGAAAGGAUGUAACUGUAGGAAAGGUCAUUCCUCGUUGCCUUGGUAGCUUUCAGUAGAAGACUGAGGGCAAGUCAAAUGCCCUCCAUCUUUCACAGAAGAUUAUAUCUGAAGAAGGUUAGUAGAAAUGAGAUGUUCUGCAAACUGGUUGCAAGUUACUGAACGUUUUUCCAACCAUUGAAAUGAGCUGCUGUCAUUUUAAGACUAGAACUUGCAUAGUUAAUAAUUUUACCAACAGGUGUUUCUCUGUUUCAUCUUUGUAUGUUUUUAUAUUAAAAGUUAAAGUGCCCACGUAUUAUGUUUGUAAAACUAAGAAUGAAUGAUCUUAUGUAUUCUGGGAUGAGAUUAAUUAAACCGUUACAA